AUGGGUGACUCCUCAGUUCCCUCCAAUGAUGACUACUCUGCAGAGACCGUUGCAGAAGACCUUAAAGGCGUGCUCGAUUUCCUGAACAUCACACAAGCCUACGUCUUCUCGCAUGACAAAGGCGUCGGAUUAGCUGCAGCGCUGGCGGCUAAGUACCGCUCUCUCGUCAGGCGCAUCGGCUUCUCCGAAUACCUCCUGCCCGGCUAUGGCUACGAGCAAAUUGCUUGCCCGGCGCCCACUUGGAGCCUGUACGGACCCUGGCAGCUCGCCUUCUUCAGCGUCCCUGACGCAGCGCAGUAUUUCAUCUCCGGUAGAGAGCGGGAGAUGCUGGCGUGGUACUUCUUCCAGGCCUCCUACUCAGGGAUGGAGUCGAUCCCUCAUGAUCAUCUAACUCGCUAUGCGACGUCGAUAUCCAAGCCCGGCUUCUUGAGAGCGUGUUUGGGCUACUUCUCCACCGCUACUGUUGCAGCGGACGGCAGGUUCUUCAACGCAACGCUGAAGCCAAAUCCGCUUACGCAGCCUGUGCUAGCGCUGGGUGGAGAGGCCAAUUUCGCGCCUGUGAGCUUGGUAGAGCAGGCUUUCGGUCCUGUCGGGAUUGAUGUCACUGCUGACCUCGUUCCGAAGGCUGGACACUGGAUAGCUGACGAGAACCCUAUAUGGGUUGCAAACCGACUGCUCAGCUUUUUUAGCGACAAUGCGGACGGCAUUCCGGCUGUGAACUUAUCGUCGCUUACGGGCAGAGUGACGUUGGGUUAG